GGUCGGAGGAGUAGGGUCGGGUGGGAGAGGGUCGCCCACCGGGCCCGGGGCGGGGGGCCGAGCCUGCACGGCCACCUGCCCUCCGGGAACUUGCAGAACUGAGCCGAGAGGCAGGGGCAUCCGGGGGGGAGGUGUCCAGGUCCUGCUGGGCAAAAGAGAAACUGAGUCACCAGCCCAGGAACCGAAGGAUAGGCAGGCCCCGCGGGGGCCGGGUGGGCCGGGGUGAGCGAGGUGCCUCGGCCCGGAGCUGCGGCUCCGCGCUGGCUACACCUCCUGGCUCGGUUCCCCGACGCUCCAUGACUCCUGCGUUUCCCAGCGUUUUUCUGUCGCUUUGGCGUGGCCCCUGGGUUUGGCGCCUCGCUGAGGGUGGGGAUAGGGCCACGGAGGGCCGGGGUGCCGGGACACCCGCUGUGGCCCGGCGGGCCGGGGCCAGGCAUCCCGCGGGAAGGCUGGGGAGGGCGCUCCCCGGCUCCGCUCCGUCGGCUGGAAAAUGAGCCCGUGGCGGCGGCCGUGGCCGUCAUCCGCGUGUUGCCCACAUGUGUCAACUGUUGACAUGGCCCAGUGCAUCCUCUCGGCGGUUGGAGAGGUCAGGGAUCAUUAGCCCUGUUGGACAGAUUUGAAAACAAGCUCGGGGCGAAAGCAGAAGCCGUCCCAGAUCACACCGCUGAUAAAGCAGGCGAGCACUGUUGAGGGUGCGCGGCCAGAACCAGGAGGGCUGACCGUCGCCUCUAGGGCACUGUCCCCGGCUAGACUGGAGGGCAGGGGCGAGGCUGGCCGCCCAGCUCCCCAUUAGUGGUGUUUGACGACUGUGAAGACGGUCCCUGGUCCUGCUGCUCUGGGCUCCCGCCUGCAGGCGCGGGAUCAGCUUCAAAGCCAAGCGCGGUUCCCGGCCCCCCCACCACCCGGCGUGGGAACGUAGGGUGCAUGAGUCUCUGGCGCCCUCUGAGCCGGGGCCGAGCGAAACCCCGGGGCCACGGACGGUGCUGUGGGCGAUCGGGCUUGGCGAGGUGAAACUUGGCGAGCCGCGGGCUCACCCGUUGGUGGCUGAGGUCCUAGCUCCUCGGGGGAAAGCUGCUGCCGCUCUCCCCGUGUCUCCUGACUGCUUCCCUCUUUGCUGCCCCUCCCCACAGGCUCCCCCGCGCCUCCUCCUGGGGCCCACCAUGAAUGGUGCCCCUUCCCCGGAGGACGGGGCCUCCCCCUCCCCUCCCCCACUGCCACCUCCGCCGCCCCCGAGUUGGCGGGAAUUCUGCGAGUCUCAUGCCCGGGCUGCAGCCCUGGACUUUGCCCGCCGUUUCCGCCUCUACCUGGCCUCGCACCCGCAGUACGCGGGGCCGGGGGCCGAGGCCGCCUUCUCCCGCCGUUUCGCUGAGCUCUUCCUGCAGCACUUUGAGGCCGAAGUGGCCCGGGCCUCCGGCUCGCUCUCGCCUCUCGCCCUGAGCCCCGGGGCCGAGAGCCCGCCGCCCGAGCUGACCCUGGAGGGCUGCCGGGCGGCCGUGCCCCUGGCUGUGCUGGGCCCGUCUCGAUCCUCCGAGGACCUGGCCGGCCCCCUCCCUUCCCUGGUCUCUUCCUCUUCUGCGACCUCGAAGCCGAAGCUAAAGAAGCGCUUCUCCCUGCGCUCGGUGGGCCGCUCCGUCCGUGGCUCCGUCCGUGGCAUCCUGCAGUGGCGGGGGGCCGGCGACCCUCCCUCCCCAGCUGGGCCCCUGGAGACCUCAUCAGGCCCCCCAGUCUUAGGGGGCAACAGCAACUCCAACUCUUCCGGGGGAACGGGGACCAUUGGCCGGGGACUGGUCAGCGACGGCGUGGCCCCGGGGGACCGAUGGACUCACCGUUUCGAGAGGCUCAGACUCAGUCGGGGUGGGGGGGCCUUGAAGGAUGCCACGGGGGUGGUGCAGCGGGAAGAGCUGCUGAGCUUCAUGGGGGCUGAAGAGGCGGCCCCCGACCCAGCCGGCGUGGGUCGGGGUGGUGGGGCAGCCGGGCCCACCUCCGGGGGCGGCGGGCAGCCGCAGUGGCAGAAGUGUCGCUUGCUGCUCCGGAGCGAAGGAGGCGGCGGAGGAAGUCGGCUGGAGUUCUUUGUUCCACCGAAGGCGUCGCGGCCCCGCCUCAGCAUCCCCUGCUCGGCCAUCACAGAUGUGCGCGCCACCACCGCCCUGGAGAUGCCGGACCACGAGAACACCUUCGUGGUGAAGGUAGAAGGCCCCUCGGAGUACAUCCUGGAGACGGCGGGCGCGCUGCACGCGAAGGCCUGGGUGGCCGACAUCCAGGAGUGCCUGAGCCCGGGACCCUGCCCUGCUCCUAGUCCCCGCCCUAUGACGCUCCCGCUGGCCCCAGGGCCCUCGUUCCUGCCGAGGGACAACCCAGACAGCCUGGAGCUGCCAUGCAUGAACCACUCCGAGAGUCUGCCCGGCCAGGACCUGCUGCUGGGCCCCAGUGAGAGCAGUGACCGCCUGUCGCAGGGGGCGUACGGGGGCCUCUCAGACCGCCCCUCCACAUCCAUCUCCCCCAGUUCUGCCUCCAUUGCUGCCUCCCAUUUUGACUCAAUGGAAAUGCUGCCCCCAGAGCUGCCCCCCCGCAUCCCCAUUGAGGAGGGACCCCCCGCUGGCACAGUGCAUCCCCUCUCAGCCCCCUACCCGCCCCUGGACACCCCGGAGACAGCCACAGGGUCAUUCCCGUUCCAGGGCGAGUCGGAGGGAGGCGAGGGGGAGCAGCCCCUCUCGGGGUACCCGUGGUUCCACGGGAUGCUCUCUCGGCUCAAGGCGGCCCAGCUGGUGCUGGCCGGAGGCGCGGGCGCCCACGGGGUCUUCCUGGUGCGGCAGAGUGAGACGAGGCGGGGCGAGUACGUGCUCACCUUCAACUUCCAGGGCAAGGCCAAGCACCUGCGCUUGUCGCUGAACGAGGAGGGCCAGUGCCGGGUGCAGCACCUGUGGUUCCAGUCCAUUUUUGACAUGCUCGAGCACUUCCGGGUGCACCCCAUCCCCCUGGAGUCCGGCGGCCCCAGCGACGUGGUCCUGGUCAGCUAUGUUGUGUCCUCCCAGCGGCAGCAGGAAUCGAGCACCUCCCGUGACCCGCCCCGGCCCCCAGGACCCCCUUCACGGACAGAUCCCCCACAACCUGGGGCAGAAGAGGCGUCGCGGGCGCCAGAAGUGGCGGCAGCCGCCGCCGCCGCAGCCAAAGAGAGGCAAGAGAAAGAGAAAGCGGGCAGUGGAGGGGUCCAGGAAGAGCUGGUCCCCGUGGCUGAGCUGGUCCCCGUGGCUGAAUUGGAAGAGGCCGUAGCACCGAGCCUGGAGGCCCAGGGGGGCGCUGGACCUGGCGGGGACCCAGGCGGGAUCCUGGCGGUGCAGCUCCAGCAGCUACCACUAGGGGGCGACGGAGAAGAAGGGGGCCAUCCCAGAGCCGUGAAUAACCAGUACUCCUUCGUGUGAGACACCCCACCCUGCCCUUUCUCCACUCGGCCUCCCCACCCCCCAGCCCGCAAUGUGUGAGGCUGGAUGCAGAGGAACGGCAGGCGUGUCCCCCUCCCCCAAGCCCCGCUUCCUGACCCUUGAAGGCCAUGGGCCUGUCUAUUGGUACAAGAAAAGGUUCGAAAACCGCCAACUCCCCAGUCCGUACACUACAGGCGCCCCAGCCCCCGGCAGGGACCGGCCCGUUUACCUCCGAGGCUCUCUGGUCAGCCCCGUGGGGGCAUUUCCUUAUUAACCACUCCCAGCCCUGCAAGGGUGCGGGGUGGGGGGCUGCCAGUCCUAUCAAGGUGGUUGUUGUUGUUGUUUUAAACAAAAUGGAGAAGCAUAAAUAAAUAAAAAGGGUUUAUCUCCGUUC